CAACUUGGUGUUAUUGCUAUCCGUCGCGCGCUUUUCUCUCGCUGUUCGUCCGUCCUUGUGAAGUUAGGUGAGGUGCAAUCUAUUAGAAAUCGACUGGAAGAUUCAACAGUAACGCUUAUUCCGUAAGGAAGUACAGAUACAAAGAUGGCGAGCAAAAGUUAUACUUGGGUGAUGUUACUCUUCUUUGUGAUCGGAGUUGUCACAGCAGUAGAAAACUACAUGGACUACGGCAACGAGGCUCCGAACAGCGACAAGGCAGCUGCGAAUUUACGCGAGCUUUAUAGAAUGUUGGUGCAGCGUAGCGUCGACGAUUCCGAUAGCCUGAGGGAUAUCGCGGAGCAUCUGCAGCCGAGAGCAGUGGAGAGAUCGCCCUCGCUACGUUUGCGCUUCGGGCGCUCUUACCCAAAGUAUCCGCGAUCUCCCUCGCUGCGACUUCGUUUUGGACGAUCGUCCCCGACUAUGAGUCUUUUAUCGAGAUUGAAUGCCGGCGGCUCAUCGGCAGCAGCGGUUUUCGAAGAGAAUUAAUGAUCGUAUCUCCUUUUAACUACAAUAGCAGAGGCUUCACAUCGCUACUGCACUAUACGAAUUUUAUGUUUUGAUUUAAGAUGACAUUAUGUGCCACAUUGACUUGAAUAUUUUUUCGUUCUAAACUGGAACUUUAUACUUGAGCUUACAAAUCUAGUGAGCUAUAAUUUUCUCUAUCUCCUCUGUCUUUCUUAAUGUUCACUGUUUUUAUGAAUACAAAGAAAACUAACUAGAAAAAUAUUUGAAAAAAAAACUAGAAAUAAUAUAACUACGUAAUAAAGUAAUGACUUUCAAUCUCGCUAUAAAAUGUCAAGUUAAAGUGUAUUGUCUUUUGUGAUUACAGUCAAUCUUUCAAAUGAAUAUGUGUAUUAAUUAUUAUCACAUUAUCUAGUAUUUUUCUGAUAAUUAUACAUGUAAAAGUAUGCUCUUACGAGAAAAAUAAAAAUCGAAGUUCUGGCCUAAUGGAGUAGGCAAAGUAUGUAGAAAUUUCUAGGUGAAAGUACAGAUGAAAUAGAAAAGUGACAUAGCUUUAAUCGAGUCUCACGCACCUGUGGCUAAAUUUAAUGCUAAUGAAAAAUGAAAAAUGAUAAUCUAUCUGAAUUAAAAAAAAUUUUCAGUUACUAAAAUAUCAAUUGGUUUCAUUGGAUCUGAUUGAUAUAGCAAGUAUUGCGUGAUCAUUUUACAUAAAUAUACUAACUUCUAAUAGAUAAAGUAUAUUUUUGUCUCUUAUAAGGGAACAUUUUCAAUCCUCCGCCUCCGAUUUUGCUGCAAUUGGGAUAUGUUAUAGCUUACUGAAAAAUAAAAUACGUAUUUUUUUUCAUCGGCAGAAAAAGUUUUUAAAAAGGUAAAAAUCGCCAUCGAAAAUCACUCCCCAGAGCAGUUUUCUAUCAAUAUUUUUGCUUUCAAUUAAUAUUUUUCAAUGAAAUAAAAUGAAAGUUAGUUGGUUUUCCCUAAGCAAAUUUUUUUCUAUUUUGUUUCAUAGAAAAAUAUUAAUUGAAAUCAAAAAUAUUGAUAGGAAACUACACUAAGAGGUGAUUUUCGAAGGUGGCUUUCACCCUUUAGAAAGUUUUUUCCACCGAUAAAAAACACAUAUCUUUUAUUUUUCAAUAAGCUAUAACACAUCCAAAUUACAGCGAAAUCGAAGGUGGAGGGUUGGGACUGUAAAUAUAAGUCUAAUGCCUUUUGAUUUAUUAUAUUUAUUAUUAUGUUUUUUUUUCAAUAAUUCAAUAAAACUCUGACGUUUUGAAUAAUCAAAAUAUUGUUAAACAAUCAUGGUAAUUUUAACUGUUUCAUAAUCCAAUAUAAAAUAAAAAUCCAUCGCAUUUUACAAAUGAGAUAGAUCACAAGAUAGAUGGCUGUUGAAAUCAUUAUAUUUCAUAACGUAUAUACUAAAUAUAUUCUAAGAAACUGUUUUAAUUCAAUGUAAAUGUUUAUAGUAGGUAGCCACAAUUAUGGUUUGAUAUAAUAUUGAAAUUGUUAAUUUGAAACGUGUAGACAUUGUUGUUUAAAAUAAAACAGAAAAAAUUCUAUUAAGUGGUUGACUGAUAUUUAAGAUUCGAAUCCGAAAUUUAGUCGACAUAGUUUGAAUGCACAUUAUAAUUUCAAUUACUUAAUCUCUCUUUUUACAUUAU